AUAUACAGAUACAACUCCACCAGUGCUUGCUUUAGCUUUCCUGGGACAAGAGAAGAACAGAUGCGGCAAAAUGCCAUAGAUGGAGAAUGUUAGAUCCAAGACCACACCAACAGUUACUAUUACUACCAUGGCUGUAUCCGCUAUCUCUAUUAAAGGAGCUUAAGCCCUGCUAGCAGAAGAGCCAUGAUAAGGCAUUCACUGGUUACCUAUACAUGAUUACGUGACAGUAAAACAAUAAAUGAGAUGGAAUUGAGCCGCAGGAUGAUGCUAUGGCAUAUCAGCGACGAGUAUCGUCUACUCCGUCCUCGUAUCAUAUGGAGCCCGGCGCCGUGUACCCCGUACUCGUCUUCCAGGCCGUGCUUCGGGCGCCUGCAUUCGCAGAUUGGCUUCCACGGCUCCUUCCUUCUUCGACUUCAUCCCCAGACCCACCCUUGUCCCUCCAUGCCCAAUUCUGAGCCCAUCUCCAUCUCCCCGACACAGGCUCAAGUGUCCUUCUCCUUCUUCCUCCUUCUUGCUCGUACAUCUCUCAUGCGCCGAGUUGCGCCGAUCCAAUGUCCACUUCGUUCGAUUCUCCUUCACUCGCGCUGCCAGGGGCGGUUCGCAUUGCCCUCAGACACGCCUGUGUUCUGUAACAAGGGAGCAUGAGAUGGCUCAUGGCCACUCAACUAAUGGACUCUGAGCCUCAUGGAGAAUAUGGAGAAUUGCAAUAUUGCUGCGGUUGCUCUCUGGUCAACCCCCGCGUUGGCUGUCCUCCUGACUCGAGAGAACAUCGGAUCAGGGAUUGCC